AUGCUGUCGGACGCGUUCCACCGGCCCGCGCUCCUCGCGCUGGUGGAUUUGCUGGAGGCGCGGCUCGGCGUCGACGCCGACGCGCCGAUCGCGCCGCCGCGGCCGCGGCCGCCCGUCGUCGACGCGCGGCCGCGGACGGGCGCGGACGUCCCGGCGUUCGAGCGCCCGUCCGUCGCGGCCUUCGAGCGCGCCUGCUACGCGCCGCGGCGGCCGGCGUUGCUCACGAACUGCAUGGCCCACUGGCCCGCGCUGACGACGCGGCCCUGGGCGUCCUUCGACUACCUGAGGCGCGUCGCGGGGCACCGGACGGUGCCCGUCGAGCGCGGCGCGCACUACCUCGCGGACGACUUCGCCGAGUCGCUCUGCACGCUCGGCGACUUCCUGGGCGAGGUCGAGCUCGGCGAAGACGGCGCCUACCUCGCGCAGCACGCGCUCUUCGACCAGGUGCCGCGGCUGGCGAGAGACGUCGCGACGCCGGACUACUGCUGCCUCGGCGGCGGGCCGCCGACGAUGAACGCGUGGCUCGGGGGCCGGACCAAAUCGCCGCUCCACCACGACCGCUACCACAAUUUGCUCGCCCAGGUCGUCGGCUCGAAGUACGUCCGGCUCUACGAUCCGGAGCACUCCGCGGCGCUCUACCCGCGCGACGCGGCCGACGUCCACGCGGUCUCGAGCCGGAUCGAAGACAUCGACGACGCCGCGGACUUCCCGGCCUUCGCCGGCGCGCCCUACGUCGACGUCGUCCUCGAGCCCGGCGACCUGCUCUACAUCCCGCCCCACUUCUGGCACUACGUCGAGAGCCGGGAGCCGUCCUUCUCCGUGUCCUUCUGGUGGGCGCCGGACCGCGGGGGCGAGGCUCCUUAG